UAACGUUUAUGUGUGGAAUGUUCAUCCUCCAGUCCGUAAGAGCUGCAUUUAACCAAAAUGAGAUAGAUAAAACAUGCAAAUUGUGUAACUAGAAGACGAAACAAUGGAACACUUCAUCUUGCGCUGUGAAAUACUUUCUCCUUAUGCGAGACCCCAUUCUACUGGACCUAGUACAUGAACUGAAAAUGAUAAAUUUUGCACUCUGGGAUCAACUCCAACCAAAAGAACAAGUGCAAAUUAUAAUAGACUGUACCCAUUUGUGUCAAAGACUCAAUAUCAAAUACUCAAGGCUGGUUGUAUUUUCAAUGUAGAAGACUGCUCUUUAAUUUACACACAGUAAGAUACAGGUAUUUAUUAACUGUAGUUAAAAAAUCAGAGAACUUCAGAGUGCACAAAACAGCGACGGCCACCAAUAUCUAAUAAGUUUCCAGUGAAUAAUAGAACAGUCCAAAAAUUAGAAACUAUAAACUGUUCGUGACGUGUUCAGAACACGGUUUAUCUACAGAGGCAGAGAAGACUUGCGACGGAUAACGAUAACGGUAACGAUGCCGUUUUUCAUGUAUGAAUCGAUUUGCACAACUGCAGAUAACUUACAUUCACCAUUUCAAAUAAUACUAGAAUGGAUACACUAGAAAUAAUCAUACUCUGGAAACAACCAAGGUGAAUAUUCAACUAAAAAUGCAAAGCAAACUUUCACUUCCCAAUCUGAUUGCUACGCAAUAGAUAAUUUACCGGAGAAUACGGAAAUGCCCGAUGUUGCUCGAUUGUUUCACAUCCUUGUUUACGACACCGUGUUGAAAAUAGUUCUUACCCAUGAUGCACCGAGCGACCUCCGAGCGAAAGUAGUGUACACACAGGGAUUUUAACUGACGAUGUUAAUGUCAUUCCAAUAUGGCGGACACGGUGUGGUAGACAUAUAUUUCUAUAUUUUAUUAUAGGCUCAUCAGUUUACAACAUAAAUGGAACUGAAACAUGUUAUACUUAAAUUUUGCUUAUAACUAAAGUAGAUCUACAUUGCCAUUCAUAAAUGAAUUACAAAAGACUUGAAGAAACUACUUAUAAACAUGUCCCAAAUUUCAUACACAGUAUGUAUCUGGUGAAGUACUUUUAUGGAGAAGAUUUGCGAGAGAAAUCAAGCACAUUUAUAGGCCUACUGACCAGAUCACAGGAUGCUGUCCAUUUAAGCAACAUGCCACCAAGGCAAUGAACAGUUCAUUGGGUGCUGGAAAGCAGUGUACCACAAAUUCUUUAGCAGCUAUGGUAUGUUCAAUCACAAAGUCGCCAAAACACUGGACACCUAUUGAUCAAGAGGACAUUCUCUCUAACGGAGACAGCUUGAGAGAACAUUCGGACAUUCCAUUCUAUAGCUUCUGAUGCCUAAUUCUACAUUUGACCCUGGUGCCAUGCGAUAAUUCCUUGCGGAAUUUUGGGCAUUAUAGAUGGCUACUAACUACGGCUUACGUGUUCACAUAAUAUACGAGCAUCGUAACAUUUUUCCAGACAUGCACGGAGAUUAUACGGAAAUCGUGCAACUUCAGUGCAACUACCGUGCAGUCUCUGCAAGCUUCCCACGGAAAUUGUAUGAUGCCCGUACUGCUUCUGCGCAUUCAGAGGCUGAGGAGAAGAUACUGUGAUGGUACAAGUCUGGACAGCAGUCUAGGUGCUUAGAAAUUAUGGGGGUCAGUCUGUCUACCAUCUCCCGAAACAUGGUUGCCCCGAGGCAAGCUUAGAAGUCCCUAUGACAUUCCCGCAUCAACUCCUGUAUCAGAGUGUCCUAGUGUCCAAGGGUGAUCCGUCUCAGCAGCAACAGCUUCAUGCACACCAUCCUCUUUCUGUGUCUCUGUCACGUCUGUUGCUCAUCAAGGCCUGUAAGCAUCUGAUCUCUUCUCUUGACCUGCCUCAACUGCAACCACAGGUAUGCCGCUCUGAGUCUUAGUGGUACAAUCAUUACUCUGAAGAGACAAAUAAAAACAUUUUGGAGAUGGCCAGUAUAUAUAACCAUCUGAAAAAGGUAUGCUGCAAUGAUGCGGCUGCUGUAGGGUUGCCGCGCGAUGAUUGCUUAAUAUCUGUGCAACAGUCCCAUGAUUCUGUAAUCUCUAUACGAUUUCUUUUGGGCAUGAAACAUUGUGCGUUGGCUGCACGGUCAGCGCAAGGCUUCCUAAAGAUGGCCGUGAAGGGACUGUGACACGUCUACGAGCUACGGGCUUUUGAUUUUUGUAUAACUUUUCACUAAACAAAAUCAUAGAGGGUGCGGAGCCCGUGAAUCCGUACAAAAAUUGCACUGCCGCCUUAUGCAGGGAAAGGAUGAUAAGGGCAAUCUACUGGUGGUCAGAUGCAUCGCAGACCAAAUGUGAACUAGGCAUUAUUUUCCAAAUAUUCUCAGAUGUGUAGAUAUACAUGUAAUUAUUCUUUGUAUCAGAGCAUUACUUUUAUGCAAAAAUGAUUAUGUAUAGCUAUAUAUACCUUUUCACAAUUAUAGUGGAAUGAAAUAUAUAAAAAGGACAGUUUAAGUUUACAUCAGUUUUCCUAUAAUGGUACAAUAUAAACUUUGUUUCAUAAACUACAAUGACCUUAUUCUAUGCACAUCGCAUCUGUCAAAUAUUUCUUUAAAAAAUAGUGUGUCUUUCUUGAUAUUACUUUUGUAUCAUUUUCAUUAUCUUAACUUAGUGAUUACAAAUAAAAUAACUGAACUUUAAGAGAGUUUAUGUAUUAUUCGCAGAAAAAAGCGAAAAAAUGAGUCGCAUAUCAACCCAUCAGUAAGCUUUCAAAUACACGCCAAAUUGCACGAAAUGACUCCUGCAUUAAAAAAAAUUUCUUCGGGAGACCCCCCAUCUGCAGGAGGGGGCAACCCCUUCCCACACCUACCCCCACUGGUCGUGUCACAACUCAUACUCGCACCCCCAUCCAAGAAUUUCUGGUUACGCCUAUGUGAUGCUUGCUGGAGAUAUACAGAGGACUUUUGUUUGUUGCAUUAUGAUAGGCUUAUGAAGAAGCAAAGAAAAGACUGCAUUUGGAAACAGAGGACCGUAAGAAGAUUGUACCAGAGAUACGAAAGAAGUCACGUCAAGAUUAUUUAAAGAAACGUCAUGUUGACAAAUUGGAAGAAUUGGAGGCUGAUGUUCAUGAUGAGGAAUAUUUAUUUGGAGACCAAAAACUCACAGAGGAGGAGAAACAUGAGCUGGAGUACAAGAAAAAAGUGCUGAAGUUAGCGAAGGAGCACAAGUCAGCUGGCGAUAUGGAGAAGGUCAACAAAUACUUUAUACCAAAGGAAGAUGAGAAACCCUCUGAUAAAUACUUCCAGGAAGAGGGACCCAAAGGCCCUAAUUAUGAACAGUUGAAAUGGGAGCAAGAGCAUAUUGGGGCAGCACUCAUGACAUUUGGGGCCAAAGAUUCCAAACAGAAAGCAAAAGAGAAAAACAAAGUGAAAGAAUACGAUGUAAUCAUGGACAAGGAGAUUGAAUUUGUCCAAGCCUUACAGAUGCCGGAUACCAUCACUGAAAAAGGCAGGAAAGAACAAGAGAUGUCUGAAUCACAGAAGAAGAAGUUGUCGAUCAAAGAAACACAGAGAAAUUUACCUAUAUAUCCAUUUAAACAAGGUUUACUGGAGGCUGUGGAACAGUUCCAGGUCCUCAUAAUUGAGGGAGAGACUGGGUCAGGAAAAACUACACAAAUACCUCAAUAUCUGUAUAAAGCUGGUUAUUGUAAAGAUGGUAUGAAGGUUGGAUGUACACAGCCCAGGCGAGUGGCAGCAAUGUCUGUAGCAGCUAGAGUGGCAGAAGAAAUGGGAUUCAAACUUGGAAAUGAGGUUGGUUAUAGUAUCCAGUUUGAGGACUGUACGUCAGAAAGAACUGUAGUAAAAUAUAUGACAGAUGGUAUGCUGUUAAGAGAGUUCCUCAGUGAGCCAGAUCUCAAGACCUACAGUGCACUGAUUAUAGAUGAGGCUCAUGAAAGGACAUUACAUACUGAUGUUCUGUUUGGGUUGGUGAAAGAUAUUGCAAGGUUCAGACCGGACCUCAAGCUGCUGAUCUCCAGUGCUACACUAGAUGCUGAAAAAUUCUCACAGUUUUUUGACGAUGCUCCAGUUUUCAGAAUUCCUGGCCGACGGUUCCCAGUUGAUAUUUAUUAUACUAAGGCCCCUGAAGCAGAUUAUAUAGAUGCAGCUGUGGUCUCGGUUCUACAGAUACACUGUACACAAGAUGAAGGUGAUAUUCUUGUUUUUCUUACUGGACAGGAGGAAAUAGAGACAGUCAGUGAAAUGUUAACUGAAAGAACAAGGAAACUGGGAUCCAAAAUCAAGGAACUCAUUAUAGCACCAAUUUAUGCAAAUCUUCCAACAGACCUACAAGCAAAAAUAUUUGAUCCAACCCCCCCUGGAGCUCGUAAAGUUGUGUUAGCAACAAAUAUUGCUGAAACUUCAUUGACUGUUGAUGGUAUUAAAUAUGUGUUAGACCCUGGGUUCAGUAAACAGAACAGUUAUAAUGCAAGGACAGGAAUGGAUUCAUUGGUAGUAACACCUGUGUCAAAGGCAUCAGCCAAUCAGAGAGCUGGACGUGCUGGUCGUGUCUCAGCUGGAAAGUGCUUUCGUCUUUACACAGCGUGGGCAUAUAAAAAUGAACUUGAAGACAAUACAAUACCAGAAAUUCAGAGAACUAAUCUGGGAAAUGUUGUGUUGAUACUUAAAAGUUUAGGAAUAAAUGAUCUCGUUCACUUUGACUUUAUGGACCCACCACCUCAUGAGACACUUGUGUUAGCUCUGGAACAGUUAUAUGCCCUUGGUGCACUGAAUCACAAAGGGGAGUUAACUAAGCUAGGAAGAAGAAUGGCCGAAUUUCCUGUAGAUCCAAUGUUGUCAAAAAUGAUCUUAGCAUCAGAAAAAUACAAGUGUUCUAAAGAGAUUCUUACAAUAACAGCGAUGUUAUCUGUGAACAACUCGGUUUUCUAUCGACCCAAAGACAAGGUUGUACAUGCAGAUACUGCACGACAGAAUUUCUUCCUUCCUGGAGGGGACCAUAUGACAUUGAUGAAUGUCUACAAUCAGUGGGAAGAAACUGGGUACUCAACUCAGUGGUGCUAUGAGAACUUUAUACAGUACAGGUCAAUGAAAAGAGCAAGAGAUGUACGUGAUCAACUGGAGGGUCUGAUGGAAAGAGUGGAAAUUGAGGUCUCAUCUAAUCCACUUGAUACCAUCAAUAUCAGGAAGGCCAUUACAGCAGGUUUCUUCUAUCACACAGCAAAACUAGACAAGGGAGGUAACUACAGAACUGUCAAACAUAACCAAACAGUUAUGGUCCAUCCAAACAGCUCUCUAUUUGAAGACAGACCUAAAUGGCUCAUCUAUCAUGAACUAGUUUUUACAACAAAGGAAUUCAUGAGACAGGUGAUCGAGAUAGACAACAGCUGGUUACUAGAAGUUGCUCCCCAUUACUACAAGGCCAAGGAACUGGAAGAUGGAUCUGGAAAGAAAAUGCCCAAAAAUACAGGAAAGAUACAGGAAGAAGUGACAAGGACAUAAGUUGUUGCUGAUAUUGCCAUGUAUUCUGAUCUUUACCAAACCUUGUGACAAUGUUUAUGGGCAUAAUAUCUCAGCCAAGUUUGAUAACCAGUAAAAUCCCCUCAGGUGCUCUUGAGUUAUGGCCCUUGAAUUACUUGAAAGUCUGCAAAUUUAACCUUGCCUGUCCUCUAAAUUAAACAGUUUUCAUCUGAUCUUCACCAAACUUAAUGACAGUGUUUGUGGGUAUAAUAUCUAGGCAAAUGUCGAUAACUAGUAAAAUCACCCCAGGCACUCUUGAAUUAUGGCCCUUGAAUUACUUCAAAAAUUGCGACUUUAGCCUUGUCUGCAUUCUAAGUCCAACACUUUUCAUCUGAUCUUCAACAAACUUGCUUUUAACACAGUAUGAUGGUGCAGAAUUUGUUACUUUUUAGCUCACCUGUCACAUAGUGACAAGGUGAGCUUUUGUGAUCACAUGUUGUCCGUCAUCAGUCCGUGCUUCAACAAUUUCUUGUCUGCACGAUAGUGGUUUCAUUUAUGAUUUUAUUUUAACCAAACUUGCACACAACUUGUAUCACCAUAAGAUCACAGUUCCUUUCUUGAACUGGCCAGAUCCAAUAAUGGGUUCUAGAGUUAUGGCCCCUGAAAGGGCCAAAAUUAGCUAUUUUGAUGUUGUCUGCACAAUAGCAGCUUUAUUUAUGAUUUGAUUUUUACCAAACUGGCAUACAACUUGUAUCACCAUAAGAUCUUGGUUCCUUCCUUGAACUGGCCAGAUUCCAGUAUGGGUUUCAGAGUUAUGGCCCCUGAAAGGGCCAAAAUUAGCUAUUUCGACCUUGUCUGCACAAUAGCAGCUUCAUUUAUGAUUUGAUUUUAACCAAACUUGCACACAACUUGUAUCACCAUAAGAUCUUGGUUCCUUUCUUGAACUGGCGAGAUUCCUUUAUGGGUUCCAGAGUGAUGGCCCCAGAAAGGGCCAGAAUUAGCUAUUUUGACCUUGUCUGCACAAUAGCAGCUUCAUUUAUGAUUUGAAUUUAAUCAAACUUGCACAAAACUUGUGUCACCAUAAGACCUCGGUUCUUUUCUUGAAUUGGACAGAUCCCAUAAUGGGUUCCAGAGUUAUGGCACCUGAAAGGGCCAAAAUUAGCUAUUUUGACCUUGUCUGCACAAUAGCAGCUUCAUUUAUGAUUUGUUUUUAACCAAACUUGCACAAAACUUGUAUCACCACAAGAUCUUAGUUCCUUUCUUGAACUGGCCAGAUUCCUUCAUGGGUUCCAGAGUUAUGGCCCCUUAAAGGUCCAAAAUUGGCUAUUUUGGCUUGCCAAAUAGAGACUUCAUUUAUGGUUUUAUUUGAUACAAACUUAUAAAAUAUCUUAAACAACAAUAAAUCUUGGAUUCCAUGACAAAUCAGAUCCAAUUGUAGGUUCCAGAGUUAUUAUAUAUCUGAUUGUAUAUCUCCCCUAAUUGUAAUCAAAAUGGACUUAUAUCAGUAAGUACUUAUAGGACUUAUUUGAAAUUUCAUUAUUGUUAUUAGUUGCACUGAGACAAUCAGGGUAGAUGACAAUCAGGGUAGAUAACUAUGGACUGAUUUUAUGUCAAAUUACCUCCCUUUAUUUCAAAUUAAAAUGGGUAUAUAUCCGUAACUAAUGAAGAUAGUGAUCUGAAAUUUCAUUUAUGUCAACAGAUUUAUUUGGCAGAUCCUUCUUUUGUUCACUUACUAUAUUUUUUUCAAUUACUUCCCUUUAACAUUACUAUAAAUAGCUUAUUUUUAGUAACUUUAUUAUUGGCCGUAGGGAAAAACCUGAGACCACUUUUCGGUGGUACAACAUGGAUGGUACCUCCAAUUUUCAGGUGUAUUUUGACAUAUCUAUACCUUGUAAGAAUUAUUUUUUUCUUUUUGGUUAAAUUUCUUCCCUUUGUUGUUCCUGUCCUUUGGACUUAGAUAUUUUUUCUGAGGACCUUCUUGUCCUCAAGUGCAAUGAUAACAGGUGAGCAAUAUAGGGACAUCAUGGCCCUCUUGUUAAGUCUGUAUUCAUUCAGUAAGAAUACAUACUGAUUUGGUCAGUGGAAAAGCUUUCAAAAGAAGUAUAAUUUGUCUUCUUUUGUCUACAAACUUAUUCCCAAGACAAACCAACAAAUGCUCGACAAUCAUAUCGAGGUAAAUAACAAUUGUAUAAAAAAUAUUUUGAUACUUAUUACCAGUCAGCUUUAAUCUGCGAGGCAACAUCUUGACAUUCAAUGUUUUUAGGGUUUUACCAGUGAAUGCCUAGUUUUUACAAAAGGGCACAAAUGUAUAUUCUUUCAAACAAAGUUAUCAUGGUCAUCGAAAUUCUUUUCUUCCUGAUCAGUAUCUAAGCUAUAUUGUCAUAAAAAUGUAUUGUUCUUCAACAAGCAGACAUAUUUUAAUGACUCAGUGUUAUAUUUACCAAAAACAGAAUUGUCAAAUGCAACGGCAAAACAAUACUAAGGAAGAACGGUGUGUCGUGCUAACUGCUAAAUGACAAAUAAUUAAUGCAAAAUGCUGAAUGUCAAAUAUUGACUGAUAUGAUACAGAUCUUUAUUAGCUCGACUAUUCGAAGAAUAAGUAGAGCUAUCCUACUCACCACGGCGUCGGUGUCGGCGUUGGCGUCGGCGUCACACCCUGGUUAAGUUUUUCGUACCAGUCCACAUUUUGACAAAGUCUUUUGAGAUAAAGCUUUGAAACUUUCAACACUUGUUUACCAUCACCAUGUCCAGUUAUAGGCAAGAGUACAUAACUCUGUCAAGCAUUUUGACUGAGUUAGGGCCCCUUUUGACUUAGAAAUCUUGGUUAAGUUUUUCGUACCAGUUCAUAUUUUGACAAAGUCUUUUGAGAUAAAGCUUUGAAACUUUCAACACUUGUUUACCAUCACCGUGUCCAGUUGUAGGCAAGAGUACGUAACUCCAUCAAGCAUUUUGGUUGAAUUAUUGCCCCUUUUUGACUUAAAAAUCUUGGUUAAGUUUUUCGUACCAGUCUACAUUUUGACAAAGUCUUUUGAGAUAAAGCUUUGAAACUUUCAACACUUGUUUACCAUCACCAUGUCAAGUUGUAGACAAGAGUACAUAACUCCAUCAAGCAUUUUGGCUGAAUUAUGGCCCCUUCUGACUUAGAAAUCUUGAUUAAGUUUUUCGUACCAGUUUAUAUUUUGUGUAAAGUGUUUGAUAAAUGGCUUUGAAACUUUCAUAUCUUGUUCAGUAUUAUAGUCUCUAUCAAUAGGCAAGAGUACAUAACUCUGUCAUCUUUUUUGGCUGAAUUAUGGCCCUUUUUGAACUUGGAAAUUGGUUCUGUUUUCAUAUAUGUGCAUGUUUUCUCAAGACUAUUUGACAUAUGGCUUUUAAACUUUAAACACUUGUUUAUCAUUAUGAUUUCCAACUGUAGGCAAGAGUACAUAACUCUGACAACUAUUCUGGCUGAAUUAUGGCCCUUUUUUGACUUUGAAAUUUUUGUCAAAAACUAUUUGAACUGUGGCUUUGAAACUUUUAACACUAGUAUAUCAACACGAUUUCCAUCUGUAGGCAAGUGUACAUAAUUCUGUCAACUAUUUUGACUGAAUUAUGACCCUUUUUGGACUUGGAAAUUAGUUAAAUUUUUCAUACAAGUCCAUAUUUUGCCUAACAUAUAACUUAAUAACAUAUUUGCCAUCAUGGGCACACAUUGCCAUUUAGUGCAAGACUAAUCGAAAUCCACAAAUCAGGGAACAUUUUUUGCUUAAUCCAUUUUUUUCUUUUGUCUGAAAAUCUGUGGAAAUAUUUUGACCUCAUUCUUCAAUCAAUUCUUCGAAUAGUCGAGCGCGCUGUCAUCCGACAGCUCUUGUUUUUAGCUCACCUGUCACAUAGUGACAAGGUGAGCUUUUGUGAUCACCCUUCGUCCGUCGUCAGUCCGUCCGUGCGUCUCGUGCGUCCGUCCGUCAACAAUUUCUUGUCUGCACGAUAGUGGUUUCAUUUAUGAUUUUAUUUUAACCAAACUUGCACACAACUUGUAUCACCAUAAGAUCUCGGUUCCUUUCUUGAACUGGCCAGAUCCCAUUAUAGGGUCCAGAGUUAUGGCCCCUGAAAGGGCCAAAAUUAGCUAUUUUGACCUUGUCUGCACAAUAGCAGCUUUAUUUAUGAUUUGAUUUUUACCAAACUGACACACAACUUGUAUCACCAUAAGAUCUUGGUUCCUUUCUUGAACUGGUCAGAUUCCAUUAUGGGUUCCAGAGUUAUGGCCCUGAAAGGGCCAGAAUUAGCUAUUUUGACCUUGUCUGCACAAUAGCAGCUUCAUUUAUGAUUUUAUUUUAACCAAACUUGCACAAAACUUGUAUCACCAUAAGAUCUUGGUUCCUUUCUUGAACUGGCCGGAUUCCUUUAUAGGUUCCAGAGUUAUGGCCCCUGAAAGGGCCAAAAUUAGCUAUUUUGACCUUGUCUGCACAAUAGCAGCUUCAUUUAUGAUUUGAAUUUAAUCAAACUUGCACAAAACUUGUGUCACCAUAAGUUCUGAGUUCCUUUCUUGAACCGGCCAGAUCCCGUCAUGGGUUCCAGAGUUAUGGCCCCUUAAAGGUCCAAAAUUGGCUAUUUUGGCUUUUGCAGCCAUAUAGAGACUUCAUUUAUGGUUUUAUUUGAUAUAAACUUCCAAAAUGUCUUCAGCAACAAUAAAUCUUGGAUUCCAUGACAUAUCAGAUCCAUUUGUAGGUUCCAGAGUUAUUUUAUAUCUGAUUACCUCCCCUGAUUGUAAUCAAAAUGGAUUUAUAUCAGUAAGUACUUAUAGGACUUAUUUGAAAUUUCAUUAUUGUCAUUAGUUGGACUGAGCCAAUCAGGGUAGAUAACUAUGGACUGAUUUUAUGUCGAAUUACCUCCCUUUAUUUCAAAUUAAAAUGGGUAUAUCUCCGUAACUAAUGAAGAUACUGAUCUGAAAUUUCAUUAUGUCAACAGAUUUAUUUAGCAGAUCCUUCUUUUGUUCACUUACAAUUUUUUUUUUAUUGCUUCCCUUUUACGUUACUAUAAAUAUCUUAUUUUUAGUAACUUUUUUGUUAUUGGCCAUAGGGAAAAACCGAGACCACUUUUCUGUGGUACAACAUGGAUGGUACCUCCAAUUUUUAGGUGUAUUUUGACAUAUCUGUACCUUGUAAGAAUUUUUUUUCUUUUUUGUUAAAUUUCUUCCCUUUGUUGUUCCUGUCCUUUGGAUUUAGAUAUUUUUUCUGAGGACCUUCUUGUCCUCAAGUGCAAUGAUAACAGGUGAGCGAUAUAGGGCCAUCAUGGCCCUCUUGUAUAAAAUCAGUGGACAGUUAGAAUUAUCUUUCGGCAAUAAACAUUAGAUAUUUGAAAUUUUCGAAUUAUGAGAGCAAGAAUAUGGUAUUUAGCUAUUAACAUUAGAUGUCUGGCAAUUAGAAUGGUGCACCAGCCUUCCAUAUAUGCAUCUACCUUCAAUAGUUUUUCCAUUUAUCAAUCUUUGUUAAGAAAAUAAAACCUCUUUUCUUUUUGUAAUCCCCUGCCACAAGUGGUGGGGGGUUAUAGAAAUGGUCUCCAUCCGUCCUUCCGUAACAUUUGUGUCCGCUCUGUAUCUCCUAAACCCCUUGAAGGAUUUUCAUAAGACUUGGGUCAAAUGAUCACCUCAUCAAGACGAUGUGCUGAACCUAUGAGUCAGCCAUGUCGGUUCAAGGUCAAGGUCACAACUCAAGGUCAAAGGUUUGAGCCUUCCAUUUUGUGUCUGCUCUGUAUCUCCUAAACCCCUUGAAGGAUAAUCAUGAAACUUGAAUCAAAUGAUCACCUCAUCAAGAGGAUGUGCAGAACACAUGAGUCAGCCAUGUCUACUCAAGGUUGAGGACACAACUCGAUGUCAAAGGUUUGAGGCUACCAUUUCGUGUCCGCUCUGUAUCUCUUAACCCUCUUGAAGAAUAAUUAUGAAACUUACACUAAUGAUCACCUCAUCAAGACGAUGUGCAAAACUUAUGAGUCAGUCAUGUCGACUCAAGGUCAAGGUCACAACUCGCGGUCAAGGGUUUGAGCCUUCCAUUUUGUGUCCGCUCUGUAUCUCCUAAACCCCUUGAAGGAUUUUCAUCAAACUUGGGUCAAAUGAACACCUCAUCAAGACGAUGUGCAGAAUUGAUGAGUCAGCCAUGCCGGCUCAAGGUCAAGGUCACAGCUUAGAGCCAAAGGUUUGAGCCUUCCAUUUUGUGUUCAUUCUGUAUCUCCUAAACCCCUUGAAGGAUUUUCAUUAAACUUUGGUCAACUGAUCACCUCAUCAAGAACUCAUGAGUCAGCCAUAUCAACUCAAGGUCAAAGGUUUGAGCUCUGUAUCUUCUAAACCUCUUUUAGGAUUUUCAUGAAACUUUGGUCAAAUGAUCACCUCAUCUAGAUGAUGUGCAGAAUUUAUGAGUCAGCCAUCUCAGUUCAAGGUCAAGGUCACAGCUCAAGGUCAAAGGUUUACCCUUUCACUAUCCAUACCAGUGGCGGGGGAUUUAGCUGUCUUUCAGACUGCCUUGUCUUUUUUGUUUGGUGCUGCAGUGACUGCAUAUCAACUCAAGGUCAAAGGUAAUUCAUGGGUCAGCCAUCUCAGUUCAAGGUCAAGGUCACAGCUCAAGGUCAAAUGUUUACCCUUUCACUAUCCAUACCAGUGGUGGGGGAUUUAGCUGUCUUUCAGACUGCCUUGUCUUUUUUGUUUGAUGCUGCAGUGUCUGCAGUACGGUAAAUGGAGAUCACUGAAUAGAAAUCAUUUUUGCUGACACUUCUGUGAGUUUCUUUCAAUUUUGGGACAGCUUUCUCAUAAUUUUGUCUAAAUGCAGGAGUUUAGACUGCUCAGUACAAAAAUGUAUGUGCCAAUUCCUAUAUAAACUGUUAAAUGGCUUUCCAAUGGGACAACAAGUCUCGGUUUUAUUAACACCUUUGAAAAGUUUUAUAUGGUAGCAUUUUUGCCACAUAUAAUACAAAGCAGUUUCUUUAUUGUAGGAAUAAACUUGACAGCUACAUAUCUUUUAAAAUGUGCUUUUGAUAGUAACAUGCUGUAAGAAACUUUUAAAAUCCAUUCUUUAGUAUCAGAAUUUUACUGAUUAAAAUAAUCCUUUAAAUAAAAUAAACAUAUAAGUGAAAAUAAAUAUAUUUCAAGAGGACCCAUCAAGAUUUCAAAAAUAGCAAAGUGGUUUAUUCUAGAUGAGAAUGGUUCACCAUUAAAAACCAUUUAGGUAAACCGAUUUAAGAUCAGCAGCGUAUUAUAUUAUCCAAUAUGUUCUUCCCGCAUCCAAAGCGGGAGCUCUGCCACUAGGCUACUGAGGCGGUUGCUACCAAUACUAGACAGUCUGAUACACACUGAGAAAUUGUAGUGAUAAACACGUUUUUAUUAACGUCAGCAGAAGCCCGUGGAAUUGUGACCGAGACCGAAGGUCGCCAUUCUUCAUAAAAAAAAAACAUGACACGAAAACUAAAUAUAUUAUUUUGGUGAUGACUUUAAGACUCGGAUACAAUUUUAAUUCCAAUUCUGUUGUUCUUGGAAACGGUAAACAUGUUUUAGAUAUCCAUAACCGGGGCAUAUAACAACACUACCAAAAGAAUGUAUUAAAGGUUUUUAAACGAUUUGUUUUAGUUCUCGUUAUUACAAACAUGACAUGUACAUACUUUUACUUAAACAUUUGGUAAACAGAAGCACAAUUUCAAGAACAGUAAUUUUACUUGUAACAGUAAAUGCAAGUCUUUAACUCUGUCAAAGCGUUUUAAAAUGGAAUACGGCGCAAUUUAGCUGUUGUUUCGAAGAAAACUUCGAAAAUAUUGAACUUUUUCAGAAUACUAAUCAUACUUAUGAAUUUUGUUGAGAUAUCUUCUCAGCUAUUAUUGUUAUAUUUUGAGCCAAAAAGGUGAUAUGAAUGUAAUAACAAUAAAAAUAAUAAAACGUGCACUGAAAACAACA